CAACCAAAAGGUUCAAAGUUCACGAACAACAAGUGAGAGCUUAUACACACGUGUAAGUGUUUGCCUGUGAGUGCGAGACAUGUAUGUGCAUUUGUGUGUGUGAGUGAUUGUGAGUAUAGAAUUGAUUAAACAAUAGUCAAACCUUUGACUGGUUACCUAGGCCAACAGAAAAAAAAAGAGUUCGAGAGAGAUAGACACGAAAUUAAAUUGUAUUAAAAAUGGGUUGCAAUACCAGUCAAGAGCUCAAGACCAAGGAUGGCUCUGCAUUGGACGCAGUCAGUAAUGGCGGUGGAGCCGACGUAGAGCCCAGUGCCCCACAAUUGGAGCAAAGUGAACUCAAUGAAUUGUCAAAUAAAUCAUCAGCUACGACAACUGCGAAUCAUCAUCAUGCCAAAACGAAUUCCCUUAUAUCGAAUGGAGAAGCAGCCAAAACAAAAAGUGGAGGAGUUGGAUCAGUAGGAGGAGAAGGAGGUGGAGCAACAAAUGGUCUUUGUGAUAAGGCUGAGAUAACAGAACUCAAUGAUGAAGAGGAUGAAGCAAAAGCCGCAACAAAAAUUCAAGCCGUCUUUCGAGGCCACAAAGUGAGAGAGACCAUGAAAAAAUCGGAAAUCAAACCUACAACAACCAAUAAUGGAAGCAAUGGCGCUUCAGCUCCAGAAGCCGAGGCAGCCUCAUCCUCUGCAGAGCCAACCAAAGCAGAGCUUGAGGCUGAAUUCGAUCCCAAUGACAAAGAGCUUUGUCACGCGGCCUUAAAGAUUCAGUCCACAUUCCGUGGCCAUUUGGCCCGUAAAUUGGUUAAUAAGGACGCACCUGAGGAUGAGGAUAUCAAGGAGAUAACCAAAAAAGUUGCCGAAGAAUUGGAUAUUGAUCUAACCGACCCAGAAUUGAAUAAAGCCGCAACUAAAAUACAAGCUUCAUUCCGUGGCCAUAAGACCCGCAGAGAGGCUCAACCCGAAUAAGUUUUGGCCAAGUUAGACAAAGUUGGAAUUAUUGUUGGCGGCAGCAGCAGCAGCAGCAACAGCAGCAACAAAAACAAUUAAUAACUAAAAUUGUUAAAAUGUAAACAACAACACUCAAACAAUACACACGAAAACCAAUUGUAAACUUAAAAAAAAAUUUGGCUAAAUUUUCAUAAUAAUUAUAAAUUUAUAAAUAGAAAAAAUUUGGCAUAAAACAUCUGUUUUGUUUCUCUCCUUUUGAUUUUUUGUCGAAUUCUAAUUGUUAAUCUAAGAGUAGAAGACAAGCCAACGACAUCUUAAAAAUUUUCUAGUAAUUUCAGUUGACUAAUUUCUAAACCUAAAUUAAUAAAGUUCAAUUUUUGCAAAGGUAUAAUGAAACCAAAUGGCACGAUGUUCCAAAUAAAAAAAAUCAAACAAGAUAAAAAUAAUAAAAUAAUUUGUAUUUGUAGGACAAAGAAAGGGUAUUCUUCUAGACCUUGAGAGAACCAAAAAAAUGCUGAAACAUUUUUUGGAAGACAUUUUUUCGCGGUUGUCAAAAAAAUUUUGCGAAGGUCAACCAAAAAAACUUUAUAAAAUAUAUUUAAAAAAAACACACACAGACACACAAAAAAACUAAAAUUAAAAGAAAAUUGUACCUACAAAAUGGAUGAAUUGCAUUAACUAAACUCAAUGUUGUAUGGAUUUUAAGAGAUAACAAAAAAUUAUAUUAAGGGGGUUCACCAGCAGCAGC